UAUAAUCAUUAUUUUAUAAAUUUCUAGUAACAAAAUUAAUUAUGCGUAUUUAAAAAUGUUGUAAAAUUUUUUUACUAACCACCAUGAACAAAUUAAUUACUAUUUGCUUAUUAACUACACUAGUGUUGGCAAAUCGGGUUCCCACGGGGUGUCGACUCUGUAAGCCCGCGUUGACUCCAUUGGUUAAUACGUGUUUUGAGAAAACAUGGAAACCUGCGACAAAAUGUAUGACUUCCGCAUACCGGCGCUGGGAUAUACCGCUCAAUGGGAAGGCCUUAUGGAGCGCACCACUGGCCACACCUAAUUCGCGGGAAAGGUGUUGCGCCAGUUGGGAGUCCUAUGAUUGCUAUAAGCAUGCACCAUUGUUUAAAUGCAAUUUACACGAACGCAUUGACGUGAGAAUAUAUCUGAGCAAGAUCAUCCGGUGGCAAUCUUACACCGAUUGCCGUCGACACCAUUUCUACUGGUUCAUCGAGAGUGAGCAAGAUCCUGAUAACGCACCGGUAGUUUUAUGGCUAAAUGGUGGUCCCUUAGCCAGUUCAUUAUUGGGACUGUUCACCGAAAAUGGGCCUUAUCGGGUGGACAGUAAUGGCAUAAAAUUGACCAUGAACCAAUACUCGUGGAAUAAGGUGGCCAACAUGCUAUACAUGGAGACACCGGUAGGUGUGGGUCAUAGUUACGAUGAAAAUGUCCCUGAGCCACAUAGCGAUAAUAAUUCUACAAUGAUGGAUAACUAUUUUGCCCUGGAGAGUUUUUUAGACAAAUACCCACACCUUAAGAAAAAUGCAUUUUAUAUAACGGGUGAGAGUUAUGGUGGGGUUUACGUCCCGAUGUUAGCCAAUGAGCAUGUGGCAAUAAUUAACGCGUACAACAUCUACGACAAUUGCCCACUUGAAAUGGACCCAUAUAAUAUAUCGCAAGCGUACAACACUAAUAAUAAAUUAUUUAAGCAAGCACAAAAUGUCAAACAACAGGUCAACUGUCCCCACUCAGGCCACAUGAACUACAUGAAUCGGGCGGACGUACGGCAGGCCCUGCACGUACGUAGUGGCGCACCCAAGUGGACAUCAUAUAAGGGUCCGCAGGGUUACAAAAUUGAUGAUCGCAAUGGGAGUCAGACUUUCGUAGACUUAAUAGAAAAGUACAGAAUCGCGAAAAUACUCGUAUAUAACGGAGACUUCGAUAGUGUUUGCGAUUUCAUAACCGAUGGCCGGUUUGUCGAGGGACUGGGAUAUAAAACAACUGAUGAAUACAGACCUUGGACAGUUGAUGGCAAACCAGAUGGUGUUGAGGGCGGUUUUGUACAGCAUUAUGAGAAAGGUAUCAGUUUUUUGACAGUCAGAGGGUCGGGUCAUAUGGUGCCCACCGAUCGGCCAGAGGCCGCCCUACAGAUAAUACAGGCUUUGAUUGGUUACGCAAAGUUGUAA